CAGGCAGACGCAUAGUCCCAGGACGACCAGCUGAAGAUCAAACGAGCGUGUCUCACUGAGCCUCACUGUUCAUCACAUGAAAUGGAUCCACGCUGAAUAACUCUUAGUGUUCAGCCGUUUGAGUUGGCAUGCUUUUCUCCCUAACUUCUAUCUUCGUCUUGUUCCAGUUCAUUGCAUUGAUAUUGACCCAAUUUGUUCCCGAACUACAACUUGAUCAUAUCGACUUCAACAUGGGAGGCGGCCACGGUAUACGGUCUGUUAUCUACUAUGUCAACUGGGCUCCAUAUGGUCGCAAUCAUAAUCCACAAGACCUCCCUGUCGAAAACCUCACCCACGUCCUGUAUGCCUUUGCCAACGUGAAACCUGAAACUGGAGAAGUUCAUCUCACUGAUCCCUGGUCGGACACCGACAAACACUACGAUGGCGACAGCUGGAAUGACGUCGGCACCAAUGUCUACGGUUGUGUCAAGCAAUUGUUCCUUCAGAAGAAGAGAAACCGCAAUCUGAAGGUCCUGUUGAGUAUCGGCGGCUGGACUUAUUCUUCCAACUUUGCUCAACCCGCAAGCACGGAGAAUGGUAGGAAGACCUUUGCCCGGAGCGCUGUUCAAUUACUAGAAGACCUUGGCUUUGAUGGGCUUGACGUGGACUGGGAGUAUCCGCAGGACCACGCGCAGGCUGAAGAUUUUGUCAAACUUUUACAUGAGACCAGGAAAGCUCUCGAUGCAGCAGCUGCGAAGCGGCAUCAUACGCGGUUUUAUUUGACUGUGGCAUGUCCCGCCGGACCCGCAAACUUCGAGAGAUUGAAGAUCCCGCAGAUGGAUCAGCUGCUCGACUUUUGGAACCUGAUGGCAUACGACUAUGCAGGAUCGUGGGAUCGGCGGGCGGCCCAUCAAGCCAACCUGUUCCCGUCGGUGUCUCAACCCCAGCUCACACCAUUCAGCACAAUUGCAGCAAUUGAACACUAUACGAGUCACGGUGUGCAUCCAUCGAAGAUUGUCCUAGGGAUGCCAUUGUAUGGUCGGGCAUUCACGUCGACUAAUGGACCCGGCCACUCGUUUAGUGGGGUGGGAGAGGGAAGCUGGGAGCACGGAGUCUGGGACUACAAAGCUCUUCCCAAGUCUGACAGCCAUGAAUACCAUGAUCACGAGAUCGGUGCGAGUUGGAGUUACAGUCCAGCUUCCAAGACGAUGAUCAGUUACGACACGCCUGCGCUGGUGGCGCAAAAAGCCGCCUUUGUUCGAGACUAUGGACUGGGAGGUGGAAUGUGGUGGGAAUCCAGUGCAGAUAAACCGGUGGGAGCCGGAAGCUUGGUUGAGACUUUUCUGUUGCACAGUGGAGGACGAAGUCGAAUGGAGGAGCGACCAAAUUGUUUGGAAUACCCUGAUAGCAGGUACGACAAUCUGCGAAAGAAGUUUGAAUAGGUUGGCAAAGGGCCGAUGCGCUUGGCUCAAAUCGCGUUGCGGAACGGCUGCAUUGCUUCAGUUGGAGUGUUCGAACAUACUAACUCCAACUUCCAGUCUUCAAUGGUGUUGCAGGAUACACGUUUUUUAGUGACAGGAAGCGUACCCUGCUGUAUACCAUGACUGGAACCCUCGGUGGGAAAAAGCACAGGGCUCUGAUGAUGACGCUGGCUCCCUGGAUCCAGAAAGGAUGAGUGCGACAUGGCGGAUCAUCAUCUGUGCUGGUCUGCCAGAACGCUAUUCACCCAAGUAGCGAACAACUACC